UCAAAAUGAGGAAGGGACACCAGAGAGGUCAAGCUCACACAGGGCAUCAUCAGCACAGCGGCGAGGAUCAAGAGGAGGAGGUGUGGAGGGCGAAGGAGGAGGAGGUGGAGGAGGUGGAGGUGGAGGUGGAGGAGGAGAAGGAGCGACAGCACAGGAGGGCUGAGAAGAAGCUGCUGGCCUUCUGGAUGUCCUUGUCUCACAAGACCUGGACACUCUUCAGGCCCCGCGAGAGACCGUGCUUCCAGCGGUCCACCUCGGCCGCCCGGCUGCUGAAGAGUGAGGCAUGAGGAGAGGAAGUGUGUGUGUGUGGUUGUAGUGAGUGCAUGUGUGUGUGUGUGUGUGUGUGUGUGUGUAGGUCUGUCAGUAGCAGAGUGUCAGAAGAGGCCUCACAGACCUGCUGUCAAGUGGACCAGUGUGUGUGUGUGUGUGUCUAAAUAUGUGUGUGUGCUCCAUUCAAGUGGAUGAAAGCAGCUUCCUCCACCUCGUCCACCAUUUGCACAAGUGCUUUGAAAUGACAGGCGAAGGUUGAAUCCAUCUUUGUCACAUUUAUUCGCAAAAAAGCUUUAAGAAAACCAGCAAAGAAACAUCAACUGGGACUUUUGAACGACAACUUGGGAACAGUCAAAAAGAGGAAAUCUUCUUCUCAGUCAAAAUGGAUCAUUCCAUCCUUCUCAAAUCAGCUUGACUGAUUCAACAACAGUAAAAGGAGCUUGGGAGCUGAUGUCUGUGCUGCAGUGAUGGGUUAACAGGGAUCAGCCAUGGUGGUGACCCAUCUCGCUCUGGAGCUGCGUUUCCAAGGGAAGAAGCUGAGAGGCUUCACGUGCAAACUGACCCGCUCGGCCCACGGCUUACUGCCAGAGAGCCCGUGGGUGAUCACGGCCCAGAUCCUUCUGCCGUACCUGGUGUCCGGCCUCGGCAUGGUGGCGGCUGGGAUGGUCAUGGAUGUAGUGCAACACUGGGAGGUGUUCAGGGAGAUCUCGGAGGUGUUUAUCUUGGUGCCAGCCCUGGUGGGGCUGAAGGGGAAUCUGGAGAUGACAUUGGCAUCCAGACUGUCAACAGCAGCCAACACGGGGCAGAUGGAUGAGGCUCAGCAGCAGUGGAGGAUGGUGUUCUGUAAUCUGGCUCUCAUUCAGGUCCAGGCCACAGUCGUGGGCUUCCUGGCAGCGGUAGCAGCAGUGGGCCUCGGGGGUCUGACCAGAGGGAGAGUGGACGUCACCCAGGCCGCUGUCCUCUGCGCCAGCAGCGUCACAACCGCUUUCAUCGCCGCUCUGUCUCUAGGUCUGGUGAUGGUGGCGGUGAUCAUUGGAUCCAGGAAAGUGGGCAUCAACCCAGAUAACGUGGCCACGCCCAUCGCCGCCAGCCUCGGAGACCUCAUCACUCUGUCUCUGCUCGCUCAUGUCAGCAGCCUCUUCUUCUGCUACAGAGACAUGUGGUACCUGCCUCCUGCGGUGUGUGGCUUCUUCCUGCUCCUCAUCCCAGCGUGGGUCAUCAUCGCCCGCCGCUCUCCACCAAUCAGCGAGGUCUUGAAGUCAGGCUGGCAACCAGUCAUCAUGGCCAUGUCCAUCAGCAGUAUUGGUGGACUGAUUCUGGAUAAGACAGUGAGCGACCCAAACUUCGAAGGUAUGGCCGUGUUCACGCCAGUCAUCAAUGGUGUAGGAGGAAACCUGGUGGCCAUCCAGGCCAGCAGGAUGUCCACCUACCUCCACUGCUGGAGUGUUCCUGGAGCUCUUCCAUUUGUCAUGAGUGUGAACUGUCCUGGACCCUGUGCUGCCCUCUGCUCCUCAGAUGUGAACUCCAAAUCAGCCAGAGUCCUGGUCCUGCUCGUAGUCCCGGGUCACCUCCUCUUCCUGUACACCAUCCACCUUCUGCAAGGAGGCCACGCUGCCAUGACGCCCAUCUUCGUCAUCUGCUACCUGUCUGCAGCUCUGCUUCAGGUGGUGAUUUUGCUCUACGUGGCCAGUGUGAUGGUGCGAUGGCUGUGGCGAAGAGGACUGGAUCCAGAUAACUUCUCCAUCCCCUACCUCACAGCUCUGGGGGACCUGCUGGGGACUGGUUUCUUGGCUCUGAGCUUCAGACUGGUUCGGAUGGUCAGUUCUUCUGGGACUGGAGUUUAACCCAGACACGUGGUCCUGCACAACCUGAGUGUCCUGUUCUCUAUAUACAAGUGGCUGAAACACACUUGCAAAGCUCACUGGAUUUAAGAAGGAAGGUGAGGAUUAAAGAACACAGGAGGUUAAGUAUGGAGUCAUAUUUGUGCCUCAAUACUGAGCACCCAAAUGGGACAGAUUUUUUUUUUUUUUUUUUGCAAGAACAUUUAUUUAGUUGACAAUUAUUGUAAUUUAAUUUGAGGAAACAAAGAUAUAUUCUCAAUAUAUGCUCAAUAAAUGCAUUUGUGUGUUUGCAAUUAUAAAUAUAUUGUAAUGGCACAGUGAUAACCUCUCACACAGUUUUAGU